UGUGACGUGGUGUUGUUAUUAAAACGUAAACUAUACAUUUUGGAUAUACUGUGUUAUUGUGCAGCAUAUACACUUUCCCGCGGAUAGUAUUAUACUUGUAUGUGUGUGUGUGUGAUUUUGAUAGGUAUCUAUUUACGUUUUUCUCUGUAAGUUUGAAUCAAGUCUCGUAUAUUGGUUGGGAAUAUUCUACCGAAGAACAAAAUUACCGAUUUCUAUUACAUGUUUUGUAUUUAUUGUGACGUCAUCAACACGUGGGGGCUAAGUUACUUUCAUAAAGUCUUGAUUGGAUGAAUGUGGCACUGUUAAAGUGGCGUCAUCAAAGCCUACGGUAUAACCACGUGAUUUUCUUCAGGAUAAAUACAUAGUGGACUUAUUUUCAUUCUGACAGGAAUAGGCUAAAAUCAAUCAACAUGGUGGACCCAGCCAAAUAUAGUUACAGAACGGGAAUCGUUAAUUCUUUCACACCAUGGGAUUACGUCAUAUUUGCCGCCAUUUUGGUAAUUUCGGCGGGAAUUGGGUUUUAUUUCGCGUUUAAAGACCGGAAGAAGAAGAAUAUUCAUGAAUUUUUACUAGCAGGGAGAAAUAUGAGUCCUUAUCCUGUAGCGCUUUCCCUAUUGGCUAGUUUCAUGUCCGCCAUUACUUUGCUUGGUACACCAGCUGAAAUGUAUAACUAUACUACUAUGUAUUGGUGGAUUGGGUUGUCGUAUUUAUUUGUGGUAGCAGCUGCAGCUCAUAUUUUUAUACCAAUAUUUUAUAGAAUGCAAGUUACCAGUGCUUAUGAGUAUUUAGAACGAAGAUUUAGUAAAGGAGUAAGAACUGCCGGGUCAAUGACCUUCGCCUUUCAGAUGGUAUUAUACAUGGCCAUUGUAUUGUACGCUCCAUCGUUAGCUUUAAAUGCUGUAACUGGGUUUACGUUGUGGGGAUCAGUUAUAUCUGUAGGCAUCGUUUGUACCAUUUACACCACAUUCGGUGGAAUGAAGGCUGUGUUAUGGACGGAUACAUUUCAAGUAGUCAUGAUGAUAACUGGUUUAUUGGCUGUACUCAUUAGGGGUAGUAUCCUGGUCGGUGGGUUUGCCAACGCUUGGGAAAUCGCCAACGAUAGUGGUCGUGUGUAUUUUACAGAUUUUAGAGUAAACCCAGCAGUGCGUCAUAGUGUGUGGUCUCUAGUUGUUGGUGGAUUCUUCACGUGGGUAGCUGUUUAUGGUACAAACCAAGCUCAGGUACAACGUGCAUGCACGUGUCCAACUUUAAGAAAAGCUCAGAUUGCUAUGUGGAUUAAUUUUCCUGGAUUAUGUGUAAUAUUAUACCUGUCAUGUUUAAUUGGUAUAGUGAUGUAUGCUUUCUAUUCAACAUGUGAUCCUCUAACUAUUAAAUUAGUUAGUCAAGCUGAUCAGUUACUGCCGCUAUUUGUAAUGGAUGUUUUAGGUGAUUUAUCUGGUCUACCAGGUAUAUUUGUAGCCUGUUUAUUUAGUGGAGCUCUCAGUACUAUAUCAUCAGGAUUAAAUUCAUUAGCCGCUGUAUUUUUAGAAGACGUCAUCAAAGCCUAUAUUGUUAAAGAUUUACGUCAAGAGAGAGCAACAUUAAUAUCCAAAGUCUUAGCGUUUGUGUUUGGUUUAAUAUGCCUUGGUCUGACGUAUGUCGCUUCCUUAUUAGGCGGUGUUUUACAGGCAGCAUUAUCUCUAUUUGGUAUGAUUGGUGGACCAUUAUUAGGACUGUUUACACUUGGUAUGCUCUUCCCCUGGGCCAAUAAAUGGGGUGCUUAUACUGGUUUAUUUACUAGUUUAAUAUUUAUGUUUUGGAUUGGUAUCGGUGCUCAGGUAGUUAAACCCCCACAGGUAAAAUCCUUACUACGUACAAUAGGCUGUAGUAACAUAACACUGCCGCCUACAACCAUGGCUACAGAUCUAUAUAACAUGUCUACCACGAUCAUGCCAGUACCAGAAGAAAGGUCCGCCGAUUACUAUUUAUACACACUAUCCUAUAUGUGGUAUAGCGCCACAGCAGUGGCUACAACUGUUAUUGUUGGUUUAAUAGUUAGUUUUAUUACGGGACCAACUGACCCGAAAACUGUUGAUCCGAGAAUGAUCUGUCCGUUCUUUGAUAUCGUGCCACCUUUCUGUUUCCUACCCGAAAAGUUCAGACGCCGAUUAUGGUGCGGGGUUCGACACGACGAUAAAGACGAAAUAGAGGUUUUCACAGCUAAUGGAAAAGGCAGCGCCGAGAACGCCAGAGGCAACGCCGAGAACGGCAAGGGCAAUGGUGAUGCUCCUUAUCAGGCUUACAUGACAGACAAGGCAAGCGAUUUUAGAAAUAAUGAAACAUCCAAAACGCUUUCAAAUGGAGUUGAAAAUCCCGGAUUCCCGCCACCAUAUUCCGAGGCAGCUGAGUCCACACAAUUGUGAUUUCUACGAUAUCGUUUUUAAUAUCAUUUUUAUUCUAUUUGAAUUUUACACUUAUUUUUUUAUUUUGUUGUAGAAUUUUAAUUUUAGUUAUGAAUUUAAUUAUGGUCUAUCACACAUAUUCCAGAAAAAAUGAAAAUACGAGGUAAAAAUCCACAUUUUUUUUUGUUGGAAUUUUAAAUCGUUUUGUAAAAAUCCACAUUUUUUUUGUUGGAAUUUUAAAUCGUUUUGUAAAACCCACAUUUUUUUUUUGUUUUUUUUUUUUGAUAGAAUUUUAAAUCAUUUUGUAAAAAUCCACAUUUUUUUCUGCUGCAAUUCUAAAUCGUUUUGUAAAAAUCCACAUUUGUAUCUGUUUGAAUUUUAAAUCGUUUUGUAAAAGAUAGCAGGGGUAGAAAUGGGGUUUAACGUCCAUUCAACACAACUUAUGACAUUUCUUGACUAACAUAUGGUGGUUUAAUUGUAUUUCAAUAAUUCGUAGUGAUCUUAAGCAGUGGGGGGGAAAACCGGAGGACCCGGGGAAAACCCGCUGGGUUUGUCAAGCUUCAGUUCGAAACCACGUUAUUUGACUCAAUGAUAGACCUUCUGAUUUAGACCUCAGGACCACGCAACCCCCCAAAUCCGUUGACCAAUUUCUCCUCUAUCUCCACAAUAAUAUGAAUUGAUUUUUAUAAUAUGUGGAUUUUGAAUGGAAAUAAUUUAUACGCGUAACUUUAAUUGUUAUUUUUACUUGUAUUUGAGCUACAUUGUAAGUUGAUCUCAUAUUGGUUCCAUACAUAAUUUAAUUUAGAUAUAAGAUUAAAGGGGAAGACCAACGAUUUCCACAAUGUUUCCAUGAAUCUUAAAGAUACAUUAUGGGAGAUUAGAUAAAGAGCUGGCAAUUUAGAUAUUUAGAUAAUGUAAAAGGAAUUUGUUGAAAUUUGCGCGUAGGGGUCUUUAGCAGUGGGAGGAAACCGGAGGACCCGGAGAAACCCACGAGGUAGGACAGGCAACAUCGGCUUAGCUCAGUUGUAUUAAACCAUACUUUCAUCAUCCUAUAGUCACGUACAACCGGGGAAUCGAAACCCCAGACUUAAUGACAGACCGUAUGAUACAGCGCACACGUUCUACCCCCCCCCCCACACACACACACACUCUUUAAAGAUGUCUUCCUGCGUACAAAAUGGGUGAUUUGGUGAUUUAUUUGGACUAAAAACAUAUUCAAACUACUCAAUCUAUCACAAUUUUGCUUCAAAUCCUUCUCAAAAUAUUGUUUUCGCGAGGGAAUACCCCUGCUAUACAAAAUCCAAUAAAAGAAGUCAUGUUUGUGUCACGUGACUUAGCUGACAUAUACCAAUGGGUGCGAAGCCGGUGGAGAAUUCAUUGCAUACACAAGACGAUGUUGUCUUUAAGCGCUAUCCAUUUAUCCUAAUUAUCGAAGCCUAAUUAAAUUCUCCGAGUAUCCACUGCCCACUUCUUUUUCCGUGGUUUUCAUCUCAGAAACUGUUGUACGUUUAAGCUCUUCGUCACGUUUAUCAACAUAUACAUCAAGCGCACAAUAACGCUGAGAAAUCAGACAAUCAUCGCCUGCAACCAUUGGCGUCACGCGAGCAAGCAUUCCUACUCGUUUGACUGCCGAUUAGGGAAACCCUUACAUUUUUGCCCUGUAUGCGUUCCAUGGGUGUUUUUCAGGGAAUCCAGAAUUUUGCUAGUAAGACUGGAUGUUUCUACUUUCCAUAUAUAUAUCAAAAUUGCCAUACUUUUAUUAUUGGAAAUAACCACCCGAUAAAUACUUUUCUGGGAAAGUAUCUUUAAUAUUGCUCAAGUUUUGUGCUGAUAUAAAAUGUCUACUUUGCCCUCCAGACUGUGCUUCAUCAUUUAGUUGGAUCCUUAUUUUAUAGAAAUGGUAUAUUUGUAAAUAUUCGGUCUUAUGAACCAUUAAUAUUAUGUUUAUAAUUUAAUUUAUCACCCAAUAAUACAUUCUACAGUAGAUAUCGCUUGUGUGAUAAAUUUCAUAAUCUACUGCGAUACAAGAAUUCGAUUGGUCAGUUAAAAAGGAACUACUUUCUUUUUAUUUUCAAAUAGUUCAUUUUUUAUUAACAAUAACAUCUUUUUUUUUAAAUUAAAAAUAACUUCUUUUUUUUAUUAAAAAUGAACUGUUUUUAUUUAAUUGACCUCGACGGAAACACUGGGUCAAUAUAAGGGACUUUGCAAUGGUUGAAUUGCUGUCAAAAAUGAUGUAUCACUACGCCGUAAUGUAAUCAGGUGCAGCAAAAGUAAAAUAUAUAGCAAAGAAUUAUAUAGAGAAUAUUUGUCGUUUUAGAGUGAAUAACAUAUUUUAUUUCAUCGAGAAGCAAGAAAACUUAUAUUUUCACGAAUGCGUAGCAUGAGUGAAAAUAUAAACGUUUUCUUGCUAAGGGAUGAAAUAAAAUAUGUUAUUCACGACAAAACGACAAAUGUUCUAUUUAUUUUAUGAUUUUACAAUCAUUUUGGGUAAAAACAACAUGGACUACUUUAGCCAGUGGAAUAACACUUUUAUUUCACUGAUAAAAUGCGGUAUUCCACUACUGAUCAUAAAAUAAAUUUAUUUAUUUGUGCAUGUAAGAAAGGAUUGGGUGAUAAAUAAAAUCUCCUACUUGUCUUUUUUGAUAUCAAAAAGGACUCCUAGGAAAUUCUCUAUGUAACAGCGUACUACUUAAUAAUUUCUGUUGUCGCCUUUUUGUAAGGUUGUUAAUCCAUUACAAACCUCAGCAAUAUUGUCAAAGUUGGAUCUUUAAAAGGAAUAUUAAUCCAAAAGUUCCUUUCAGUAUUUACGAAGAUAUGAUGAAUUGUAAAUUUGUCAACAUUUAGUGCUUUUGGUGGGCCUCAUUUAAAUCCCAGCUGGGGAGAUUCUAGAUUAUAUUUGGUUAAUAUUUUGAUUUUAUUUUCUUAAUUAAAUGUUAAAAAAUCAAUUUGUGUACAUGUUAGCUUGGUAUUAAAGGGACAAUAACACUCUUGCUGGCUUGGCAGCCCCAGAAAAUAAAAAAUAGCCUUAUUCUAAGUACUAGAUGUGUUAGUGUCCUACCUGUUGUGUAAAUUAUCCAUUAAAUCAUAUUUUACUUGUCCAGAGGGUUCAAAAAUAUUUUUAAAUCCAAGUCACAUAUGAAAAACUUUACGUCAGGCUUUUCAAAUCAUUUAGUUGAAUUUUUCCAAUUUUUUAAAUUAGGUGUGUUAAGAUGAAAUUUGUAUCAUCAAUUAAUUGGAAUAUUGUAAAAUAGUACAAUUUGCAUGUUGACCAGAAUAAAGAUUGGGAUAUAUUAUUCAGUUACAACAAGAGUGGUAUUGAGCCUUUAAGUUAAGCAAAUUUGAUAUUUUUCGAAAUAUUGAAAAAGACGCACAUUAACAUUAAGGACCAAAUGAUUUCUAAUAUUAUUAAAUCGUUCCACCUUUUUUCGAAUACUUUUCAUUCGACAUUCAGGAAAGGUUAGUGCUAAAUGAUAAGGCCAGCUCAAUUUUUCGUCAUUGGUCACGAGAUGUAAACAGGGCUAGCGCUAAUUCCAACCCUAGCUCUAACCCUGGACCUAGCUCCAAUGCUUACCCUAACCCUAACCUACAAUCUCGCCAACCUUGACAAAAAUUGAGCUGGCCUUAGCAAAUAGAUUUAGCCAUUUAGGCAAGGUUCUAAUUAACGAUCUCUGAUUUCUGGCAUUUGGUUUCAGUAAUAUUAAGGACGUAACGUUAUUUGAAUCUCGUUUAUGAUUGAUAGUUUGUAGAUGUCCAUAACAUAAUUUCUAAUUCCAUGUUUUGGACCAGAUACUAGGCCCCAAGCGCAAUGCAUCUCGUGCUCUUCUUUUUAGGGGUGGCGCUCUUCGUACAAAGCCUUAGGCUCGGUCGAUUGAAAAUGAAAUCCACAUAAAACUUAGCAUGCUUGUUUCUUGGACAAUUGCGCGUCGAUUGGCGGAUUUCGUUUUAGUCUUGCUUUGUUUGUUAUUAUUAUUAGUUUUUUUUUCUUUUGCAAUGUAAGAAUCUGUCAAAAUUUGUGAGGACGUGUUUAAAAAAAAACAUAUUUUAUAUUCAACCAUCUCCAUUUUGUACCAUAACAACCGUAACUAAACAUAUAGACUUAUACAUGUACGUGCCUUAAACCCAAACCAAAUUGUUUAAAAUACCACGUGAUGUAGAUUUGAGUUGUUAUAUAAUUACCAUAGUAACCACUAUUCAAGUUUAUUGUUUGUAAAUAUUUUUACUAAAAUUGCUGUAUUAAAUAUUUGUAGAAGAAA